GGUUUUCUACCCUUCCCAAGUCAACAGCUGAUCAUAUGCACCUGGUGUGAUGCAACGAAGAGGCAGCAGAGUGAAAACCGGAUGGGAAAACUACCCGACAGAUCUGGUCUGGACUUCAGGAUGUCGGUAAACACAGCUGCAGUGGUUCAAUGUGCUUGACUUCAUUUGUAUGGGAGUUUGAGUGUGUGCAUAAAGGGUGGAGAGAAAGAGAGGACACCUGAGAUUAAAAGCAGGCAACGACUCUCCUGCUCCUUUUAUUUUUUUCCUUUUGAGGAGACCAAACGCAUGACAUGCAGAGAAGCAGCAGGAUGCGAUCUGGCUGGAUUAAAGGGUCACUCCUCGCCUUCGUGGUGGCUGCCGGUCUGUUGUACCUCGGCUCCAUUAAGCGGGAGGUUCGUACGCAUUCGGAGAGGCUCCAGAGGGCAAACCGCAAUGACUCCAUCCGGGAGAAGGGAAUGCUCAUGAGGAUGGGCAAGAUGGAAGACCACAUCGACCGGCUGCUCGUCCUGAUGAAUAAAAUGGAAAAAAAGGAAUUGGAGAAACAGCAGAACGCAGAAGUGAAGAAGGGGAAGAAAGUGGUGAGGAAGCUGUACCCGAACUCGUACCUGUUCAGCAAGUGGGGCGACGGGCUGUCCGAGGAGGAGCAGAAGGAGGCCGAGGCGUUGUUCCAGAGCUACGGCUACAACGCCUUCCUCAGCGACCGACUGCCCCUCAACAGAGAGAUCCCCGACACCCGGCCGGCCAGGUGUGCGGAGAAGAAGUACCCGGAAGAUCUGCCUUCCCUCAGCGUCAUUCUAAUUUACCUGGAUGAAGCCCUUUCUAUCAUCAAAAGGGCCGUCCGCAGCGUCAUAGACAAAACGCCGGCCCGCCUGCUGAAGGAAAUCAUACUGGUGGACGACCACAGCAGUAAUGAGGAUCUAAAGGAGAAACUGGAUGAAUACAUUUACUCCAUCCACGAGGAGCGCCCGGGCCUGGUGAAGAAAGUCCGGCACCCUGAGCAGCUCGGCCUCACCCGGGCCAGGCUGUCGGGGUGGAAGGCCGCCGCCGGGGACGUCGUGGCCAUCUUGGACGCGCACGUCGAAGUCCACGUGCAAUGGGCAGAGCCGCUGCUGGCUCGGAUCAAAGAGGACCGCACGGUGAUCGUGACCCCAGUGUUUGACAAAGUCAAUUACGACGACUUGACGCUGGUUCCCUACAUGCCUGCGGCGGAUGCCUUUGACUGGGCCAUGUGGUGCAUGUACGAGUCCUUCAGACCCGAGUGGUACGCUCUCAAGGACGAGUCACUCCCUGGGAAAAGCCCCUCCAUCAUGGGGAUUGUUGUAGCUGAUCGGCGUUUUUUUGGCGAGAUCGGAAGCCUUGAUGGUGGAAUGAAAAUCUACGGCGGCGAGAACGUGGAGCUCGGCAUCCGGGUGUGGCUGUGUGGCGGAAGCAUAGAGGUCAUACCUUGCUCUAAAAUUGCCCACAUUGAGCGGGCCUCGAAGCCUUACCUCCGAGAUCUGAGCGACAUGGUGAAGCGCAACGCACUGAGGAUGGCCGAGGUUUGGCUGGAUGACUAUAAACACAACGUCAACAUUGCUUGGAACAUUCCCUUAAAGGCGCACGGGAUCGACAUCGGGGACGUGUCGGAGAGGAAAGCGCUGAGAGAGAGGCUGAACUGUAAGCCCUUUAAGUGGUAUCUGGAUAAUGUUUACCCCCUGCUGGACCCUCUGCACGACCUGCUAGCUUAUGGAGUGCUGAUCAACAGUUUGAAGACCGAUCUCUGCGUUGACCAAGGCCCGACGCCGGGGAACACCCCCAUUACAUAUGGGUGCCACUCCUACUCCUCGCAGCACUGUUAUUAUCGCACCGAUGGACAACUGUACAUCGGUGGAAUCAAAUCGCACAAGUACAACAGCAACCGCUGCCUGGUGGACCCGGGCACGGGGGUGCACCCGGGACUCUACGACUGCAAGAUAGCCAAGCAGAAGAGAUUCCACAUGCUUUGGGAUUUUGAACAGGAUGGGCCGAUCCAGAACAGAGAGACAAAGAGAUGCCUGGAAAUUGUGAUGGCCGAUCACGGCGCGUACGCACUUGUUGUUCAGCAGUGCACCGGUCAGAGCUGGAAAAUUCAAUAUCUUAUCAAGGAGCAAUGAAGACACGGUGGGUGGGGGACAAAGGACAACAUGGAUUCACAAGCAAAAUGUGGCAUAAAAUGAUAAAUAUUUAUUUUUUCCCCCCAAAGAAUUAACUGCAAUACAGUUACACCUUCCUUUUCCUAAGUUCUGAAUACAAAAAAGUCAAAAGUGAACAUUUUCUAUGGCAGAUUUUGUGUGUAAAAAUCCCUUUUUCUUGUCUGUGGGCAGCUGUGAACCGCGCAGGGCAGAGCAGGAUGUUUGAGCGUCUCAUUUCUCCCCAGCAUGCCGCUUUAAAGUCCACUUUCUGCGUAGUAGUUGCUUAACAAAGGCCAAAUACACACUUUUGCUUUUUCCAUCAUGUGGGAGAGAAUUCGGUCUGGUUGUCAUGAAUGGUGGAAGAUGAAGGCGUCCCAUUUUUUCUGCCACAUGACGAGUCCUUUGUCCUUCAGAUGAGGCGGCAGCGAGCUGAACCUGCAGCAGGAGACACGUGGCACUAUUUGUAAAGGGUGAAUUGUUGGAUUAAAAAUAAACGGCUACACUCUAUAAAUCCCAUUA